UGUGUGUGUGUGUGUGUGAGAUAUUUCCUUAGGUUACAGUGUGUUAUCUGAUCCACUUCUCUUUUCCUCCGUGAGAAGCUGCUCUGCAUCAGGAACAACACAGAGGAGAUGCUGACGACUCAGAGCCAGAACUGCUACAGAGAGCAGAUCCAGAAGGAGAUGCUGACCCGUUUGGCCUGGAAGAGCCGCUACAGCCACCUCUACCCAUCCAACCAGCCACCAAAAAUCAGCUCAGAGGGGACUAAUCUGCCCGGCGACACCCAGCCUGUCCUGCCUCCGGUCACCAGAGCCAACAAGGAGCAGAGCGACCUUCCUCCUCUUCCUCCUCCUCCUCGUCCUCUUCUUCCUCCUCCUGAGAUCUCUUUGGAGGGGGAGGGUCGUCCCAAUGUCUCCCCGCUCAUGAGACCAGUCUCUCCGAACACCAGACACGCUCUCUACCAGGACUCAUCACACCACGGUAAAGGGCGCCGUCUGUACCUGCAGAGACGUGGCCACAUCAGACCUGAGGACAAGUUUGACUUUCCAGUGCUCUCCUCCUGGGAGUACGGCUGGAGGCUGGGUGACUACACUAUGGAUUACAAAACACCCUCCCGAGCAAAGUCCUCCGUGGUGAAGAGCACCUUCUACGCCAGGAACGGUGUGUUCAGCAACCCCUCAGCCACCGACACCCUGGGCUGAAGUUCAGCCUCCAGACACCAGGGGGCGCUCUUUAAUGAGAGGGGACAGGAUUUAAUUGGAUGUAUCUUUCAUAGUAUGUGUUAUAGCACACCCUGAUUUUAAUUAUAGUGAUCAACAGUUCUAACACGUCUAACACAAUGUUCCCAUAGCUCAUGUCGUUUGGGGAAGUCCCGCCCCUUGAACACAGACUGUCCAAUCAUAAUGCAGCAUUGGUCAGAGGGUCCGACAACUACAUGCUUCAUGGACUCUAUGACUUCUUCAGAUUUCUUCACAGUCAGGCUUGUUUUGUGGAUUUUAAGUGAGCUUGAAGAAAAAGUGGAGGUUAAACGUUGUGUGAAAGGGUUCCUCGAUACCCAGAGAGAUUAGAUGAAGGUUUCUCAUUCCUAAAAACCUCUGGAAACAAACGUUAGCAGAUUGUACGUUAGUCCAUCAUUAACUGGUGUUAGCACUGUUAUGCUAUGCUAGCUGGUGAAUGUAUACACAUGCUGUAUUUGCUGUUUAAUGACUGAAAAGGUAAAUGAAUACUAACUCUGUUUUACAAAUCAAAUCAUUUCAUGUUUCACUACAAAAUGUGUGGUUUCA